AUGGAAGGAAACAACGCGACAGCCUUGUCUAGUAAAAAUCUAGACACCAGCACCGAUGCCCAAGAAGCUACGGGGAUUCUUCAGAAUGAAGCAACCCAAGUCUCGGCCGAUGACACCGUCGGAAGUAUUCGUGACCCAGAACCAGCAACAGAACCUAGUCCAGCAGCUGACAAGGCUCACGCGGGAAGUAGAGCAGCUGAAGUCACAGGUGGUCCAACAGACUGCAGUGACCCCCAAAUGCAGAGCCAGCUGAUCAAAGAGUUACAGAAGUACAUAACGCUGAACAAAGUCCGCCUGUGUCUCACGGAUAAAUUAGAGCACAUGAAAAAGACCCUAAGAAACCCGCCGCCAAGACACGGGUGCUCCGGCCCCAGGGUCUGA